ACCACAAUAAGAAAAGGUGUAACGGGUAUCGUCAGUAUGUUGGAAAUGGCGCUAGGGAAUUCCCCGGUAUUCCGUUUGGCCUGUCAUUUUGGAUUGGGAUUAAGGAUAACUUACUGGUGUCUGGUACUGCUAUCAUGUCCCUGGUUUUGCGUAGUUUGGAGUUUCAAUAUCGACACGAAGACUGCUGUGGUUCACACGGGGGACAGGGGCAGCAUGUUUGGAUUUGAUGUAGCACAGCACCUGGACCAGGGCCAGAGUUGGUUGCUAAUUGGGGCACCAAAAGCCGACACACCUCAGAAAAAAAUCCAGAAAGCAGGAGCGGUGUACAGGUGUAAGACUGAGCGAGUGAAUGAUUGUCAGCAAAUUCCUUUUGAUACAAAAGGUAACAACAUUCGAUGGAAUGGCAGUGAGUUUUUGGAUAUAGAGGACAAGUCAAACCAGUGGUUUGGUGCAACGGUCAAAAGUUCUGGAGAAAAUGGUGUCAUUGUGGCAUGUGCCCCAAGACAUGUGUAUUACUCUCACUCAUUGGAUAAAAGAGAGCCAAUCGGAAGAUGCCUUGUUGCCAAAACUUCUACCAGGACAUUCAUGGAGUUUGCACCUUGUCGAACAGCGGCUUGGGGCUAUCACCGACAGGGCUACUGCUCAGCAGGAUUUAGCGCUGCCCUCACAGCUGAUGGUACAAAGCUGCUCAUUGGUGCUGUUGGAAGUUGGUACUGGCAAGGUCAGAUGUACCUAUACAAGACUGACCCAGGGGAUAAGAAGGUGAAAUCCACCGGGGAGGGGCCAGCUUCCGAAGAUGACAGCUACAUGGGGUUUUCAAGUGCAGUCGGGGAGUUCACCGGAGACGAAUCAGAUGAUUACGUUGUGGGUGUGCCCAGAGGUAGCAAGCUACAGGGGAAGGUGUCACUGUUCAAUCAAAAUCUCACCAUCAUACAGAAUAUUUCUGGAGAUCAGAUGGGGUCAUAUUUUGGCUAUUCAGUGGCGGUGGCAGACCUGAAUGGGGAUGGAGCGGAUGACAUUGUUGUGGGAGCGCCAUUGUUUUCAGUGUUCACAUCCCACUCAUACGAGCGAGGCAGAAUCUAUGUCUUCUACCAAGAAAAAUACAGCAAAAAGGGAGCAAAACGGUUCGUAGAAAGCAGCGUUGUGGACGGGCCAAAGAGUAAAGCACGGUUUGGUCUGGCGCUGGCACACAUGGGAGACAUUAACCUGGAUGGAUAUGAAGACAUCGCUGUGGGUGCCCCAUAUGACGGUGAGGAAGAGCAGGGUGCUGUUUAUCUCUACCACGGAUCCGCAGAUGGAAUUAACCCAGACAAAUCUCAGGUGAUAUAUGCUGAGGACAUUGGCAACGAAUUGUCCACAUUCGGCUUUUCCUUAUCUGGAGGUCAUGACCUUGACAAGAACCAUUAUCCAGAUUUACUUGUUGGCAGCUACAACUCAGACAAAGCCAUUUUUCUCAGAUCUCGAGCAAUUGUCCAAGUAGAAGCCUCGCUUACGAUUAUUCCUCAGUUGAUUAACCUGGAGGACCAACAGUGCUCAACUGUGGACGGCACACAAGUCACAUGCCUCACCAUAAAAACAUGUCUGGAAUAUGACGGUGUAGGAGUUCCAGAGGAAUUAUGUAAGUCUUGUAUUGAAAUCUGGCUUUUUUCAUCACAAUGUCAUCACUUUGAUGUCAGUUGGCACUUGGACACGAUAAAAAACCUGACCAGACGAGCAUUUUAUUUACCCGAUGACCAGUCCUUUAGCCAUUUUAACACCAUCAAGCUUACUCGUAAGAAACAAUGGUGUCCCUCCUCGUUCGCAUUCAUAAAGGCUGAUAUCCGUGACAAACUAACACCGGUUGCAGUCGACUUUGAGUUCAAACUUCACAAGCUCCGUAACCGUAGACGACGGCGUGAUGUGGCGCCCAUUCUCAACCAAUACAUUCCAACCUCAGUGAGAACCCAGGCUCAGAUAUUAAAACACUGCGGCCGUGACAACAAGUGCAUACCAGAUUUAGUACUAAGGGCUACCACGAUGGCUGAGUCUCACAUCGUGGGCAGCAACAAGACGAUAGACCUUGAGAUGAUCGUGGAUAACCGCGGGGAGGACGCCUUUGAGGCUCAGCUCUUCCUGACCCUCCCCCAGGGGGUGGUGUAUGUCAAGGUCCAGGAGUCCGACAGUGUGAGCGUUCCAGUGAGUUGCGGGGCUCAUGAGGGGGGUGAUGUGGUUAGCUGCGACAUAGGUAACCCACUGCCAGGGGAGAUAACUCACGGUGUCAAGUGGGACAGCUUCAAGCGACCAAAUCGCAGGCUAAUGUUUGUGAUCAGAGUGUCCCCCAGGUUUGUCAACGGUUCCUCAAAUGUGCUCAGAUUUGACGCGCUCGUCAACAGCUCCAACACAGAAGAGUUCGCGAACACAGUGAAUAAUCGAGACCCGAUUGUCCUCCCGGUGGAAGCCAUUGCUGACUUAGAUCUUAAUGGAGUAUCCUCUCCGGAACAGAUCGUCUACAACUCCACGCGUAAACUGGCGCAUGUCAACUGGCAGAAGGAAGACGGUCCGGCUGUGGUCCAUUUGUACGAGUUACGUAACCUGGGUCCCAGUAGCACACAGCUGACGAGGCUGAAGAUUCUGUGGCCAAGCUACGACCUGAACGGUGAACCCCUCAUGACGCUAACCACGCCUCCUCGCCUCAUUCCAGCCAAUGGCAAGUGUGAGCUGCAGGAGAUGACACCUCUCAAUAAAUCUAAAGGUUCGAAUGACAUAGAUGUUGAGAUCAUAUUGCAACAACUGCGGGAUCGUGGUGAAGACAAAGGAUCUGAGAUCAGCUACGAUGGAGAGAAGUCACGAGAGGACGCUGAACGUGAACGGAGAGCCUCCUACAGGCAGAGCCACAUCGAACGAACCUGUACACCUGAUUGGUGCACCAUUAUUACCUGCAUGUUAGACCGCAUGGAACAGGACGAUAGUACACUCCUCGAAAUCACCUCCAAACUCUCCACGAAAACACUGCUUCAGAACAAUUACAAAGACCAGCUAAAGGUUAUCUCGAUAGCAUCAGCUGAAGUGUUGGAACUGCCGUAUACGAUAGACACCGGCCAGCUGUCAUUCAAAUUGUUUAAUGUAACUACUGAUAUCAAUCCAGCUAAUCUAGUGCACAGGAAACGAGGUGUAGAGAUAUGGAUCAUCGCAGUCGCAGUAUCAGCCGGACUACUUUUAUUGUUAUUACUGGUACUCCUUUUAUAUGCGUGCGGGUUUUUCAAGAGGAAGAGGCCAGAAGAUUCCAUGUCCGAGUCUGAGCCGCUCAAACCGCAGAAUGGACACCCAAAGCGACUGGAUAUCGAGGACAAAAUCUUUGAAUGAUGAUCUGUGACCGAUAUUCAUGACAGUAUAGAACGGGCAAGGCACUGGUGACAUUGGCGAGGCACUGGUGACACUGGCAAAGCACUGGUGACACUGGCAAGGCACUGGUGACUGGCAAGGCACUGGUGACACU